CAAGCAGCAACUUAUUAUUGGGUUAAACAAAGUAACUGCUGGCACAGAGAGAAGCCGACAGGGACUAAGCAGGCCAUGAGAAAUAAACCGAGGCAUAGAGAGAGGAUUAGCGUGUCAUGUACAUUAUCUCGUACAUCACCUCCUUGAGUGUCAGACCAAAGGCUGGCUUACUCUCUCACUCUCACACUGCAGCCUGUGUGUUUAAACGAGGGCAGGCCACAAGGUCGUAUGCUGGUUUGGGGGAGGGAAAAACAAAAAAGGAGGAGCUAUUGUCACUGAGGCCUCUCCCGUGACUCCUUUCCUCCUAUUGCUGAUCUCCCAGGCACACACAGAGCACAUGGCUCCAUGAUUUUGAACCGGCACACCAAUGGAAGGACACAAGCGUCUGUUGAGGACAUGUGCGCCUGAGCAGCUCCUCCCCCCGUAGAGUGCAGCACAGACCCGGAAGUAGAGUAAGACCGAGUGUGUGUGGAGGAGAAAAGGGGGCUGGCAAUGUCUCCAUGCACACACACCAAUGCACCCAGACUCCAAACUGACUGUGAUCAAGACAGAGUGACCGUUUUUGAAAGAAAGGAAGGAAGGAAGUAAAGCGCUUCCUGGUUAUGUUCUGACCGAGAUUGUGCACGUCUACAUUUCCUGCUCGACGACGUCCCUGCCACCGUCAUGUCGCUGCUGACUCACGUACUGGCCUGCCUGUUCGGCAUGGGCUCCUGGGUGGCCAUCAACGGGAUGUGGGUGGAGCUGCCCCUGGUCGUUCCGCAGAUCCCAGAGGGCUGGUAUCUGCCGUCCUACCUCACGGUCAUCAUCCAGAUGGCCAACAUAGGUCCUCUCUUCAUCACUCUGAUGCACCGCUUUCGCCCCGGGGCGCUGGAUGAGCGGCUGAUCAUCUACUGCAUUGCGGGGUUGGGCAUCGUCGCUACGUUCCUGCUGGCUUUCUUUUGGAAGCACACCGUGACGAUAGAGGGCUCUUUACACAGUGUGCCGCUGCUGGUGUUGAGCUUCCUGCUCUCUGUGGUGGACUGCACCUCCUCUGUUACGUUUCUGCCUUUCAUGAUGCAGCUUCGGCCACAGUACCUCACCACGUACUUCGUAGGCGAAGGCCUCAGCGGUCUGGUGCCCGCAGUGGUUGCUCUGAUACAAGGCGUUGGUGUAGUCCACUGUCAGAAUGCCACUUUGGCUAGCGGCGGCAACACGGUAGCUGAUAACGCUACUGUCGGCAGUGCGGAGCUGCAGGCUGUCUACCAGCCUGCUAAAUUCUCUGCCCAGGUCUUCUUUGUGUUCCUCAGUGCCAUGAUGGUCGUCUGCCUCGUAGCCUUCAUCCUACUCAACCAUCACCCAGCUGUCGCUCGGGAGAGAAAGAACGACUUGUACUACAGUGGUGGUCUGGCCUCUGGGAAGAAAGACGAAGGUCUGUCUCUGCACGCGCAGACACCAGAGCAGAAGCCUAUGAUCAGCCCAAUGGAAGCCAAUAGGAGGGAGCCCAGAAGCUCUUUUGGGAGGGGGACGUAUAGCAAUCUGGAGGCGCUGUUCAUCUUUGUUGUAUUGGCAUGGGUCAAUGCUCUGACCAAUGCGGUGCUGCCCUCAGUGCAGUCCUACUCCUGUCUGCCCUAUGGGAACAGAGCUUACCAUCUAGCUGCUACCAUGGCAGCUGUUGCCAACCCAGUGGCCUGCUUCAUUGCCAUGUUUGUGCCAAUUAGGUCUCUCAUCCUGAUGGGUUUCUUGGCCAUGGUUGGUACUGGAUUUGGAGCGUACAUCAUGACAAUGGCUGCUCUGAGUCCUUGCCCCGUGCUGGUCCACAGUGACAUUGGAACUGCAGUUAUAGUGCUGGCCUGGGUCCUGUUUGUCCUCUCCCUGUCCUACGUGAAGGUCAUCAUCGGGGUGAUUCUUAGGGACGAAGGACACAGUGCCCUGGUGUGGUGUGGAGCGGUAGUGCAGCUGGGCUCCAUGGUUGGCGCUGUGUCCAUGUUCCCAUUGGUCAGUGUGUAUGGACUUUUCAAGUCAGGUGACGCUUGCAACACAAAGUGUCCAAUGUAGUGAAUAAAUAUGUUUAAGUUAAACACUGCUGUACAAAACUGAAAAAUAAUGUGUGAGCUUUACAUAUUCCUAUUGUUACAGAUCUUCAACUACAACAGAAUCACUCCCUGAUUUUGUACAACUGAGUUUCUCUAAUGAGGGUCAGGUGGUUUAAUUUUCUACAGAUAUCUGACUGUAUUAAUUAACGGAGCUCAGCACAACGAUGAAAUGACGUCAGCAUUAUUAACAUCAUCAUGAUGCUGAUCAUACAACAUCACUUUGUUGUCGAGCAUGUUACAAUUCCUUCUCAAUUUAGAGGUCAAUGCCAGUUUACUUGAACUGUUAAUAUGAUGUGAAAGUGUAAUUGAUGUUUUCUUUAUAAGAACCUAUAGAACUUUUGAGACUGUACAUUGUUGUACAUUCUAACGUGCUUUGUAUUUGUUAGGUGUAUGUGGAGAAACUGUUAUCAAAACAAUACCAAAUAAAACUUGCCUUAACACUUGCAUUAUUCUGCAAAUCCUCAAACGUUCUCCCUGCUCUCCGUCAGAUGGGGCAGAAGGUGUUAUGCUCAUGGCAGACAGGGUAGAUGGGUAAACAGCACAAUAGCAGAGCAGA